AUGGAGCGGAUACGCGUGAGCAAGGUGGAAGGCGUCUACCUCCUUCGUAGAGGCACGCGCUUCGACGGCACGCUGCAUCUUAUGCCCCACCAUCUCGUCUUCAGCUACCUCCCCAGCCCGCCCGCAGACGCUCCUGCAGACGCGAAACCACCGCGGCAGAAAGAAGUAUGGAUAACGUAUCCUAUGAUCAACUAUUGUUCCCUCAAACCGUGCCCGCCCAUCCUGCGCCAGGAGCCCUCGAUCCGCAUUCGAUGUCGCGACUUUACCUUCUUUGCCUUUUUCUUCCCUAACGAGAAGAAGGCGCGUGACGUGUACGAUAGCAUACGGGCACUCUCGUGCAAGAUUGGUAGACUGGACAAGCUACUCGCAUUUAGCUACCAGCCAAAACCGCCGGAAGACCAACAGAAUGGUUGGGAUAUCUACGACGCCCGCCGCGAAUGGAAGCGGCUGGGUAUCAGCCCUAAGGACACGGAGAAGGGCUGGCGGAUCUCUGAAGUCAACGUGGAAUAUAAGUACGCGCCGACAUAUCCCGCCCUCCUCGUCGUUCCCACCAACGUCUCAGACAGCGUUCUCAGAUACGCCGGCGAGUACCGAUCGCGACAACGCAUACCAGCCCUCGUCUACCGACAUCCCAUCAACAACUGCUCUAUAACUAGAAGCUCGCAGCCCACACCGGGCCUGCGCGGGAAUCGGAACCCUCAAGACGAGCGGCUUGUCGCAGCCAUCUGGGCUACUAACCGUGGGUGGAAACCUGCGAAUACCUCUUCUUCAAACUCUACAGAACUCACUCCCGACACCAGCGUUGUGAACCUGAAUGAUUCCAGUGCUAAUAGCUCUUUUGUUGGGACAGUGGACGAGAAUACGAACACCGGCAGGACCACCGCAGACGAUCUGACGGCGUCUUCGGAGACAGAUCCAGACGCACCAAAAGUAUACGGAGCCCAGCAGCGUAACCUCAUUGUCGAUGCCAGACCUACAGUCAAUGCGUAUGCGAUGCAAGCUGUUGGACUUGGCUCGGAGAAGAUGGACUAUUACCCUGGUGCGGAAAAAGCCUACCUCGGAAUCGACAACAUCCACGUCAUGCGGAAGUCGCUUGAUACAGUCAUCGAAGCGCUAAAAGAGUCCGAUCUAGUGCCUUUCCCUCCCAAUCGACAGCUUCUGGCAAAGAGCAACUGGAUCAAGCAUAUUGCCAACAUACUCGACGGGACUGCGCUGAUAGCCCGAACGGUCGGGAUUAUGCACUCCCACGUCCUCAUACACUGUUCUGAUGGCUGGGAUCGUACGAGCCAGCUCAGUGCACUCAGUCAGAUUCUACUAGAUCCAUACUACCGGACAUUAGAAGGAUUCAUUGUCCUUGUCGAGAAAGACUGGCUAUCGUUUGGACACAUGUUCCGACACCGAUCGGGUUUCUUGAGUCACGAAAAAUGGUUCACUAUAGAGAACGAGAAGAUUGAGCGCAAGAGCGACGGCACUGGAGGCAGCAACCCCUUUGAGAAUGCUCUCCGUGGUGCGCGGGGUCUCUUCAACCGACACAACGAGUCGAACGAGUCUCUCAACCAGCUGCCAGAGACGAACGUACCGGAAAACGGCACAGAUGUUGCAGAACCUACUUCAGCAAAGCCGGCCCAGAUCGGAGCUGCGGAAGAGCAUCGCAUCACCAAGGUGAACGAGCUGUCACCAGUCUUCCAUCAAUUCCUCGACUGCGUUUAUCAACUGCACUACCAACACCCAACCCGAUUCGAAUUCAGCGAGCGCUUCUUGAGGCGCUUACUUUACCAUCUUUAUUCUUGUCAGUACGGAACGUUCCUCUUUGACAAUGAGAAGGAACGCAUAGAUACCAGGGCUAAGGAGCGAACAAGGAGUGUGUGGGACUACUUCCUGUGCCGGAAGCAAGAGUUCAUGAAUCCAAACUACGAACCUGAGAUCGACGAUGCUGUUCGCGGCAAGGAGCGCAUGAUCUUCCCUCGGAAAGGAGAGGCGAGAUGGUGGGCUGAGUGUUUCGGUCGUACGGAUGAGGAAAUGAAUAGCUUUGGUUCUCAAUUGCCGCCGACCCUUACACCACAGACCAGCAAUGCCAGUACUGGCAGGAGUGGCACAAGUACGCCGAUAGUUCAAGAACCUAUCGUGACGGGUACAGAGACCGCGGAGGGAGCGACUGGAGCAGGUACGACCGUUCAUCCUCCACCCACACACGCCGUCGGUGACCGUUCUCCGAUGGCAUCGAACACACCAAAACCCCUCGAUGCCGCAGCUGCUCUGGGACAAGACCUAAGGCAAGGAGUUAUGGCGAGCUUCGAGAAAUUGGGGUUCACUGGCAACGGGAAUAGAGCAGCGAGUCCAGCUGCAGCAAGCAGUAGACCAAGCGAAGACGUCGCAAGUGACAUUGUGAAGCCAAGCUCAGACCUGAGUGCCGAUAUGGACACGGAUCGACCAGCGCAAGAUGUCACUCAGGACACGGUCGACAAGAAGCCGGAAGAGCCUAUACAAGACAACGAGAAUACGAGCUCCGGAGUGAAAACCGAACAGCCCACUGAGCCCGUGUCGCACCAGGCUGUCGAUUUGGGGCUGGGAGCGGACAUUGUGGAAAAGAAAGCAGAGAACAGGAGCAGAAGUCGACAAAAGCCUAGCCAGGCGGUGGCGGCGAAGAAAGAGGUUGAGAUGGAGAUGCAAUAA